CGCACUUUCGGUAAAGAGGAGCAGAACCCCGCCCCAACCCGGUGCUCGGCUCCUCCGCUGUGCGUGCGAGGGACGUCAGGGGCGGCGCCGCAGCAGUUACCCCUGGUAACGGGGGAGGCAGGAGGAGGAGGCGGAGGAGGAGGAGGGACUCGGCUUGAGGAUGGGCUUGCUCUCUAUUUUGCGCAAAUUGAAAAGUGCACCAGACCAGGAGGUGCGGAUCCUCCUCCUGGGCUUGGACAACGCUGGCAAGACUACCCUGCUGAAGCAGCUUGCGUCUGAAGACAUCAGCCACAUCACACCUACACAGGGAUUUAACAUCAAAAGUGUACAAUCACAAGGUUUUAAACUGAAUGUAUGGGACAUUGGCGGACAGAGGAAAAUCAGACCAUACUGGAGAAGUUAUUUUGAAAAUACUGAUAUUCUUAUAUAUGUAAUUGACAGUGCAGACAGGAAAAGAUUUGAAGAGACGGGUCAGGAGCUAACGGAAUUACUGGAGGAAGAAAAGCUGAGUUGUGUGCCCGUGCUCAUCUUUGCUAACAAGCAGGAUCUGCUCACAGCAGCCCCAGCCUCUGAGAUUGCAGAAGGGCUGAACCUCCACACCAUCCGGGACCGUGUCUGGCAGAUCCAGUCCUGUUCAGCACUCACAGGCGAAGGCGUCCAGGAUGGCAUGAACUGGGUCUGCAAGAAUGUCAAUGCAAAGAAGAAAUAAAACGGAGGCGGAUGGCGGCGCGGGAGCCGGGAGCUGAAGUCCGCCUGGGAAACCCUGGGCUGCUGCUUCUGACCAAAUGCUUUGCCGUCCUUGCACAGCUGCAGCUGUGUGGCGGAGAGGGGACAGCAGCUUGAGAAAGAUCCCUAUCCCAGCAGUAGAUUUUAACUGAUCUCAGAGGUUCAGGAUCGUUUUUCAAAUAAAGGAAUUAUAUUAUUUCCUCUGCAUAA